AUGCUCUGCCAUUGCUGUGGAGAGUCACAGUGGAGUGGCGCUUGCCGGUUUGCGCUGAAGGCGGAUGGUGAGCGGAAGUUGUUCGUUGUUUGGGCAGAGCAGCUCGGGAAGGUGGGUGCGUGGCUGGUCGCCCCGAACACGGGGGAAGUGGAACCGCUUUUGGUCAGGAUCGGACAGGACCAAGUGCGGAAUGUGCUCCCAAACUUUGGGGCCAACGGCCUCCACAUCAUCGACGCGGAGGAGGUAGAGUUGGUCACAGCCGACGAAGCCUCCCAGCAACCUCUUCGCCGUGGCUCCCAGAAGGGAGCACAGCGGGUGCUCCUCGCGUUCGACCUGCUCCUCAGCUUUGGCCAGGCCCCGUCCUCGCUGCUCGAGGUGCGCCAGGCGCAGCUCCAGGAGCUGGCAGACACAUUGGCGGGAGUUCGCUUCUACGCAGGCUACAAGGACAAGCUUGCCAGCCAAAUGAAGACGUUGCCCAAGGGGCGCUGGACUGCUUUGGAAGCAUCGCUGGGUGCACCCGUGCUCCUGGACACCAAGACCAAGCCGUACAGGCCCCUGGCUGAGCUGCCCGGCCUCUUGCCGCUCUCUCGGUGGCAGGCUUACGAUGCUUUGGCCGAUGGCCCCAGGCGUGGCUUCCUGUGCGAUGGGCUCGUCUUCGCAUCCCGGCUGCCCAGCGGCUCACCGGACCUGAAGUGGAAGGAGUGCAAGAGCAUCUCAGCAGACUUCCUGCUGCGUGGAAGGCGCCACCACAGUGCAACCGACUUCUUGGAGCUCCAGGCCUGGUGCCCGACGAGCCAGCAGCACGUCCCUUUCGAGCCCAAGGACAGCUCAGUGCCGAAGGCUUGCUUGCUGCCCGAGGGCGCAGUGGAUGACUGCCUGCUCUCCUGGGAAGCCAUCGCCGAGUUCACGCUCAAAGGUGGGCGCUGGAUCUUCCAACGAUUCCGGGCUGACAAAGUGCAUGCCAACACGGCCGACACUGUGGCUGCUAUCCUCGAACUGGCGAAGUCGCCGAUCACGGCCGAGGACUUGGCAUCGUGCAUGCGCAUGGCCGGAAACGACGCGGGGUACUUCAGCGCAGCCUCUGAGGACCUCCGAACUGGGCCACAGCUCCGGAGCCUCUGCGAGGCGCAUCGCCUAGCCAAGGCGGUCCUGCACCAGGCCUUCAGUGGCCCCUCCGUCCUGGACGUGGGCGCUGGGCGCCUGGCCGACGUGCAGCUCGCGCUCGUGUGUGCCCAAGUGCAGGAGCUCGUGGCCGUGGACCGGGAUCCCCAGGCGCUGUGCCACGGCGUUGCCAGGCUGGAGGAGUGGGCGGAGAGGGAAAAGUGGACAUCCAGGAGACUGCGCCUGCGGCCCUCUGGCGGCCAAAGGUUGCCGCAGCCGCACUCGGAGCUCCUGGUCAGCCCCAUGGUGGCGGACCUUCGACGGGAGGAUGCCCUGAACGUCCUGGGAGGCCGCCAGUUCAACACCAUCUGCUGCCACUUUGCGAUCCACUACUUGUGGGACUCCGAGGAGGCCACUGCGCAGGUGCUGCGGCAGCUUAGCCGUCAUCUGCUCCCCUGUGGCCUACUUGUAGUGACGUACAUGGACAGCGAGAUGCUGGAGCGGACUGAGGAUGGAAGGCUCAGGGCCAUGGCCCUCCAGGAGGGUCCCAACGGGACCGUGACCUUCUCCGUGGUGCCGGGGGAGAACGACACGGCGGAGGUCUUCGUGGGCACCAUCGGCAGGACACACUCUGAGCACCUCGUCUCCACGUCUGCGCUCCUCUCGCGCUUCGCGCGCGCCGGCUUCACGGCUGUGUGCAGCGGCCUCCUUCGCGACCUGGCUCGGACCACCACCACGCUGCACCCGCCAGGACUGGGACCGAGUCAGCCGCAGCAGUACGAGCAGAUUCUCAGGCUUUUCGCCUACGCGGUCUUCCGCCGCACGCCCGAAGCCGCACUGUUGGGGCGGUCCCCACAUGAGUCCUUCCCGCAGCACGUGGUCCAGCACGCCGUGGAGCUCCUUCCGGCCAAGGCCCUGGCGGCCCUGGGCGCCGCCUCCGCCUCCUGGCGCCGCUUCUUGUCCAACGACAUCGAGCUCCCAGCUCUUUCGGGCGACCUGAGGCAGAUGCCCUGCCGGCCUCAGAGAGCUAUUCCCUGCGAGCGCUGCGGUUGCAGCUGUCGUUUCGACUCCUUCGGCGAGCGCCACUGCUGGUGCGACUCUUGCUGGGAGGGCUGCUGGCGUCCUCGACGCUGCCCAUGCAAGGUGUGCGGCUGCGCCCGCGCCUUCGACGACUACGGGGAUCGCGUGUGUUGGUGUGACUCAUGCUGGAAGGGCUGCCAAGCAGAGGACAGGGAAGACAGUAUCCCCGAUCCCUUGGGCUGCCGCUGCGGCCAGCGCGGCUGCCCCGGGGAAGCCUGGAAAGCUGAGGACAUGAGGAAGCCCAUCAUCAUCAAGGAAUCCACGGCCGCGGGGUUCAUGGGCUUCCUCCAAGGCCUGUGUCCAAGGGCCCGGGGGUUGUCGCUUCGGCAGAGGAGGCACCCCUUGGCUUUGCCACUCUGUGCACUCCCGGCGGCGCUGCCGGGAUUGCGAUGGCUACGCGUCACGGCCGACCUGAGCGGCUUCUGGGACUGCAGCGCCGUCUUCGGCCAGGUGGCCGAAAGCCUCGAGGAGCUUGUCCUGGAAGACCGCGUUGCGCCAACGCAAACGCGCCCUCGGCUGGACGGCCUCGCGAAGCUGCGCGCCCUCCGACUGCUCCGGCUCCACCUGGAGCGCUGGGCUUGCUGCUACUCCAAUAUGCUGCUUCUGGCCACUGGAUGUCAGUGCUUGGAGGAGCUGAGCAUCCCCGCGCUGGAGAUGCCACCGGGCUCCGGAGUUCUGGAGGGGCAGGGCCUCUUCCCGCACCUGAAGUGCUUCAAGAUGCUCAGGCAAUCGAACGCCAUCGUCAACGCGCCCUUUCUCACGUCUGUCUGCCGCGUCUGCCCCCAGCUCGAGUCGCUCUGGGUUCUGCAGUGCGCCGGCCGCCGCCUUUCCUUCCAUGAGGUGCUCUCCACGCGCCAGCUGUGCCCUUCCUUGUCAUCGCUGGUCGUGCUGCCAGAGGAGCCCUACUUCUUCGCCGCGAGCCUGUGCCGGAGGCCGUCUGCCAAGCUGGAGCGCUCCAUCACGGCCCUGCGCCAGGCGGACAUCGACCUGAUGGACCCCUGCUCGCCACUUUUCCGGGAGGAGUUCGCGCAGCGGGACUGGGUGGACCUGCUGCGCCGGUUUCUGCGGCCUCGGCAGGUCAGGGAUGAUACCACCAGCGAUGGAGAGACGGAUGGCGAGCACUGGGCCGGGGACUUUGGGUCAGACUCCGAUGGCGCGGAAACCUUCUACUCCGACUUCACCGACUUCUCGCGUUGA